AUCACUUGCUUAAUGUUAUUCUACAUGUUGGAGUAUGCUUAUUAUAUUUCAGGACUUGCUUGAUGUUUCUAUCUGACUCUGCAACUUUUGUAUCUUCCCUUCUGUUUGCGGUUCAUCCUAUACAUACAGAGGCAUCCUUGUUCUUCCCUUCGGCGACAAUGUAUCAAUACUGUGUCCAGAUUCAAAGGGUCGACGUCGAGCGAUCGAUCGCGUCGUAGUUCCUAGUUCGUGUUUAGAUGCAUUGUCAGUGGAUAAUCGUGUAUUAAGGUUACAGGAGUGGUCGGAAGAGCAGAAACAUUGUCCUCUUUAUUUUAUUUAGCGGCUUUAAUCAUGUAUACUAAAUGCUGCAGAAGUAGAAGGUCUACAGGAUGGAAAUCUUUGAUAUUAUCCAUGUCUUUUGUUUUCACUGCCAUGUUGUGCAAAGAACAAGGAAUAACAGCUACUGCAGUUUGUGUAUUCUAUGAGAUUUUUGUUGUACAAAAGGUAAGAGCAAUGGAUAUCUUCUUGACGUUAAAGGCAGCUUUUGGUGGGAAAAAGAUAUCGCUCACUUGGUCCAGUGAAGGUACAAAACGACUAACAGUCCUCACGCUCGUCACAUUUAGUUUACUUAUUCUUCGGCUACAUGUAAUGGGCUCAAAGUUACCUGUAUUUACCAGAUUUGACAAUCCUGCAUCUGUGGCCCCAACGCCAAUAAGGCAGCUUACCUAUAAUUACCUCGCAGCAGUUAAUCUGAGGCUGCUAUUUCUUCCAAACGAUUUAUGCUGUGAUUGGACUAUGGGAACGAUACCAUUAAUAGAAAAUUUUACAGAUCUUCGCAAUCUGGCUACUAUAGCGACUCAUACGACCAUAUUAGGAUUGUUGAUAACAGCAAUUUUAACACCUAAUAGACAAACUUCCAUUAUUCUUAUAAUGAGCUUGGCUAUGAUGAUACUCCCAUUUUUACCUGCCUCAAAUCUCUUCUUCCCAGUUGGAUUCGUCAUUGCCGAAAGAGUAUUGUACGCCCCAUCUAUGGGAUUUUGUAUGCUUGUCGGAUAUGGGUGGAGCAUUCUAUGCGAUAAAAAAUUUAAGAAAUUAACACUAUUUUUAUUAAUAACUCUUUUGGCUGCGCACACAACGAAGACUUUCAUCAGGAAUUACGAUUGGCUGGAUGAAUAUUCCAUAUUCAUGUCAGGAUUGAAAGUGAACGAUCGCAAUGCCAAAUUGUUCAACAACGUUGGACACGCUUUGGAAAGUCAAGGGAAAUUCAAGGAAGCGUUGAAUUUUUUUAAUAUGGCUGUGCAAGUUCAAGGCGAUGACAUUGGUGCGCACAUCAACGUGGGUAGGACCUACAACCAUUUGAAAAUGUUUAAAGAAGCCGAAGACGCAUAUUUGAAGGCAAAAUCUUUACUACCGAAAGCGAAACCGGGAGAAUCUUACCAAGCGCGAAUAGCUCCGAAUCAUUUGAAUGUUUUUGUAAAUUUAGCAAACCUAAUAGCAAAGAAUGCAACUAGGUUAGAAGAAGCUGAUCUGCUUUAUAGGCAAGCCAUUAGUAUGCGCGCCGAUUACACACAAGCGUACAUUAAUCGGGGCGAUGUUUUAAUUAAACUUAAUCGUACCAAAGAAGCGCAGGAAGUUUACGAACGGGCCCUUUUCUACGACAGCAACAAUCCAGACAUUUAUUACAACCUUGGAGUCGUAUUUCUUGAACAAGGAAAAGCAUCUCAAGCUCUGGCGUACCUUGACAAGGCUCUCGAAUUUGAUCCAGAACACGAACAAGCACUACUCAAUUCAGCCAUUUUGCUUCAAGAGCUAGGUCGCGCUGAAUUGCGAAAAGUGGCCAGAGAAAGACUUCUGAAACUUUUACGAAAAGACUCUAAUAACGAACGGGUUCAUUUCAAUCUUGGAAUGUUGGCUAUGGACGAUCACGACAGCGGUAGCGCGGAACGAUGGUUUCGCAAUGCCGUUGCUCUCAAAGAGGAUUUCCGUUCCGCAUUGUUUAAUUUGGCACUUUUGCUAGCGGACGAACAACGCCCCCUUGAAGCUGCACCAUUUUUAAACCAAUUAGUUAGAUUUCACCCGGACCACGUUAAAGGAUUGAUCCUUCUAGGUGAUAUUUAUAUAAAUAACAUAAAAGAUUUGGACGCUGCUGAAAAUUGUUAUCGCAGAAUAUUGCAGCUGGAUCCAACAAAUAUCCAAGGUCUUCACAAUUUGUGCGUCGUGAUGGUCGAGCGUGGUAAGUUAGGCUUGGCCGCUCAGUGUUUGGAACGAGCAGCAGCUCUGGCGCCUCAUCAGGACUACGUGCACAGACACUUGGCCAUCGUGAAGGCCCGUAUCAGCAGACUACCUCCGGAGCAACGUGACACAGAGAUAUUCGACGAUUUCUUUUGGCAAACUAGCCCCAAGGAGAGGAGCUUCAUGGGGGACAUUUCCAGCAGCAGUAGCGUUGGUAGCACUAGCGGUGCAAGCGGUCUCGGCAACAUGGAAAAUAGCGGUAGCCAGUUCUUAGGCAAAACGGAUUCUGUAUUUUCGAAUCACCAUAAUCACAUAGGCCAUAAGAAAAGCACGAACUCCAUCAGUAAUCACAUCGCGCAUCUGAAGAGUUCAUCGAAAUCCGCGAGAGUUCCAUUGAGCGAGAUGAAAACGGAAGUGAAGGACACGCACGUCAGCCGUGACAAGACGUCGACGACGGGUGCGAGUUCGAACGAGCAGCAGGAGUUCUCGCCUAGAAGGGUUUUCGGCAAGGGCGUGAGCUCGGAUGCAACGGAAUUGACAAUCGAUCGAGAACGUGCGGCUAAAAUAAUUAACUCGGAGAAGUUCGAUAGGGCUACACCGGCAUUUUCGACUGGCGAGACGCAUGCUGGAGCUACACGUCAAAAGGACACCGCACUUUCAUAGUACUGACAUUUGAAAAUUGCGCCGAAUACUGUAUAAAAGUUAUAUUCUACAUAUAACGAAAGAAUAAUGGUGGUACAGUCGUAUAGAGCUAAUGUGUGAAUAUAAAAUAAAUACAGAGUAUUGUUUUAUAUGCUGUACGAAUAGAACGUUUUGUAAAAUAUAUUUAAAAAAUGUGCAA